CCAGUGCUGCGAACAACAAUUAGUAUAAUAUCUCCUUCUUCUUCUUCUUAUCCCUCUCUUGCUCCAUCGUCCAAUCCCCAUCGUUCACUCCACCACCACAUAUGACAUGCCCCACCCACUCACUGCCCUUUCUCCUCCCACCUUUAUAUAGACCCACCCAAACAAAAUGAAUUUACUACACACACACACACACACACACAUAUAUAUAUAUAUAUAUAAUGUAACAGUUCCUAGCUAGUAUAUAUUCUUACUUUGGAUGCUUCCGCGAAGGAUCCGAAGCGAAGUGCGCACAGGGAAGGAACUAUCGAUAGCGACUUCGCGCAACGCCUAGUGCAGUAAAAACCACUUAAUAAGAGGAUUCAUGGAUUGCUUGCAAGACUGGCCGGAGCCGGUCGUGCGCGUGCAGUCGAUAUCCGAGAGCGGCGCGCAGUCCAUCCCCGAGAGAUACGUGAAGCCGCCGUCGGAGCGGCCGUCUGAUACGUCGGUGUGCGGCGACAGCGGCGGAGCCGGCAUCCCCGUCAUCGACCUGUCGAUGCUGGGGAGGUGUUCGCAGACGGUGAGGGCCGUGUCGGACGCUUGCCGCGAGUGGGGGUUCUUCCAGGUGGUGAACCACGGGGUGAGCGCGGAACUGAUGCGGCGGGCCCGUGCCGUGUGGAAGGGGUUCUUCCACCAGCCCAUGGACGUGAAGCAGCGCUACGCCAACUCUCCGAAGACGUACGAGGGUUACGGUAGCCGGCUUGGGAUCGAGAAGGGCGCCAUUCUCGACUGGGGCGACUACUACUUCCUCCACUUCCGCCCCCUCACUCUCAUGAGCCAUGAAAAGUGGCCCUCUCUCCCUCCUUCUCUAAGCAGGGCGACGACGGACGAGUAUGGGCGGGAGCUGACCCGGCUGUGCGGGCGGGUGAUGCGGAUAUUAUCGGAAGGGCUCGGGCUAGAGGAAGGGAGGCUUGGGGCGGCGUUCGGCGGGGAGGAAGUGGGGGUGUGCAUGAGGGUGAACUUCUACUCCAAAUGCCCCCAGCCGGAGCUCACCCUCGGGCUCUCGUCACACUCCGACCCCGGCGGCAUCACCGUGCUCCUCGUUGACGACCGCGUCAAGGGGCUGCAGGUACGCAAGGACGGCGCCUGGGUCACCGUCCAGCCCAUCGCCGACGCCUUCAUCGUCAACGUCGGCGAUCAGAUUCAGGUUUUGAGCAAUGCAGUGUACAGAAGCGUGGAGCAUCGGGUGCUGGUGAGCGCGACGGACGAGCGGCUCUCGAUGGCCUUCUUCUACAACCCGCGGAGCGACCUACCGCUGGCACCGGUACCGGAGCUGGUGACCCCCGACCGCCCCGCCCUUUAUCAGCCCAUGACCUUCGACGAGUACCGCCUCUUCAUCCGGAAGCGGGGGCCGAGAGGCAAAUCGCAGGUCGAGUCGCUAAAGACCGUCGAAUGACGAUCCGGAAUAUAUAUUCUCUCCUUCUCCCUCCUCUCCAUUGUACUCAUACAUUUUACUGACUUAUGAGCGGAGGGUCUUUCAUGUAUCACUCGGUAUAUAUAUGUAUAUAUAUACCACCCUUACAUAUAUCAUAGGACAAUAAUAAGAAUGACAUAUAUAACACAUGACUCGUGAAUAGUACUGUGUAUUCUUUUACGUGACAUACGUAUAUGUCGAUGUUAUAAAAUUUUUAUUUAACAUA